AUGCCGAAAACAGGUACCAUAUCAUGCGUUUUACGAGUGUGUGUCGAGUGUCUUCUAUAUCUCCAUGUGAACGCUAAGGAUAUCAACAACGUGGAACGUCGUAUUGCUUGUUCUGCCAGUUCAGCUACUGCUCCUAACGAUUGUAACUCUCCUCUUGCCAAUCAAGCGGAAACCCUCGUUGAUUAG